AUAGUCCAGGAGUUCUGUUGGAUAGACAGUCGAUUGGCUCCAGGGCUGCAACCCUCUCUCUCUCUCUCUUUUUUCUCUCUCCCUCUACCUUCUCUCUCUCUCAAGAGAACGAGCGGAGAUAUAAAGCUCUCCCCGGAACAUUUCUCUCCGUUUCUUUAGUGGUACUGAGCACCUGCCUGUGUCAAAAUGAGUGACACUCUGCUGGAUGAUGGGUCCUUCAUGUUCACUUCGGAGUCUGUCGGAGAGGGACAUCCAGACAAGAUCUGUGACCAGAUCAGUGAUGCUGUCCUGGAUGCUCACCUGAAGCAGGAUCCAAAUGCCAAGGUUGCCUGUGAGACGGUGUGUAAAACUGGCAUGGUGCUGCUAUGUGGAGAGAUCACGUCCCGGGCCAACGUAGACUAUCAGAAGGUUGUCAGAGACACCAUAAAACACAUUGGCUAUGACAACUCAGACAAAGGUUUUGACUAUAAGACGUGUAAUGUGUUGGUGGCUCUGGAGCAGCAGAGUCCAGACAUCGCUCAGGGUGUCCACAUCGACAGGAAAGAGGAAGACAUGGGAGCUGGAGACCAGGGUCUGAUGUUUGGCUACGCUACAGACGAGACAGAGGAGUGCAUGCCUCUCACCAUCGUCCUGGCUCACAAACUCAAUUCCAAGAUGGCCGAACUCAGACGCAACGGAACCAUCCCCUGGCUCCGCCCCGACUCUAAAACACAAGUGACGGUACACUAUGAGCAGGAGGACGGGGCAGUGAUCCCUAUGAGGGUCCACACUGUGGUCAUCUCUGUUCAACACGAUGACGUCAUUGGCCUGGAGGAACAGAAGGAGGUGCUCAAGGAGAAAGUGAUCAAGGCAGUGGUUCCAGCUAAGUACCUGGAUGAUAAGACCAUCUACCAUAUUCAGCCCAGUGGACGCUUUGUCAUCGGAGGACCCCAGGGUGAUGCUGGAGUGACGGGUAGGAAGAUCAUUGUUGAUACGUAUGGAGGCUGGGGGGCCCACGGUGGUGGAGCUUUCUCUGGUAAAGACUUCUCCAAGGUGGACCGCUCGGCUGCCUAUGCUGCCCGCUGGGUGGCCAAGUCCCUGGUUAAGGCCAAACUGUGCAGGAGGGUGCUGGUUCAGGUAUCCUAUGCUAUCGGAGUGGCUCACCCUCUGUCCAUCUCCGUGUUCACCUACGGCUCGUCACAAAAGUCAGAGAGAGAGCUGCUGCAGAUCGUAAACAAGAACUUUGACCUACGACCUGGUGUCAUCGUCCGGGAACUGAACCUGAAGAGGCCAAUCUACCAGAACACAGCGUGCUACGGCCACUUUGGCCGGAGUGAGUUCACCUGGGAAGUCCCCAAGGAUCUCAACUACUAAACAUCCCCACCUGGUGGUCAAGUAUAUAACGAGCUCUCCCAGAGAUAGAAAACAGGCCCCCUCUAUAGGCUACAACCACAAAUGGUUCUGCUUUUUCAUUGGCUAGUGUUGGGGUUAAGGUUUAGGAUUAGGAUUAGGAUUAGGGUAAAAGGUUUGGGUUAGUGCUAAACAAUAAUUUAUGUGGUCGUAGCCCAUAGAGGGGAUCUGUUUGUUUAUGAAUGAGAGGGGUGCCACUUAUAGAGGGGCAUCUCUCUUCUCCCUCCCUCUCUUUCUCUCUCCUCCAUCUCUUUUUCUAUCACAUCAAACAUUUCAGUCAAUAGAGAGGAUGAACUCACUGUGAUUUUAAUCAGACAAUCCACACAUUUUCAUUCAGAUAAAAGGUGUCCUUAGUAUAGUGUCUCACCUACAUUAUGUGCCUUAGUAUCAAAACAAUGAUGCAUUAGAAGUAUUACAUGUGCAGAAGUAUUUAUACACACUCACUCUGGUCAAAGAGUGAUACCAUGGUCACUUUUGCUAUUAAACAAAGAAAAAAAGAAACAAACAAACAAAACCAAAUUAAAAAUAUAUAUAUAUAUAAAGCAGAGCAUUUGUGAGUGGCGGGCGGGUUCAAUAAAGAGAAAACGAUGUAUUAAAAA